GCCAGUCUGCUAUCUCUGUGGCCUAGUUCCCGACUUAUCUACUCUAGUCUACUAUUUACUUACAACCGUCAUGUCCGUGCAUAUUGUAAGCUGGACCCUGUCAGUGGAUGAAAACAAAGCUGUUAAUUACAUUUGCUAUUUAAGAUGGACGUUAAUUCUUGUCUGAAUCUUCAAGCAACAAAAACAUCAAAAGCCAAAGUAAGCUCCACUAGAAGACAUCGAUGUCGCAAGUUUUUGACGGACAACGCGUUCCUUCUCCUGACCUGUUGUGGUAUAGUGCUGGGCUAUGUCGUUGGUCUACUGGUCAAGAUGGCCGAGCCUGGACCAGACGCUAUGAUAUGGAUUGGUCUACCAGGUGAGGUGUACAUGAGGAUGCUGAAGGUCGUCAUACUACCUCUCAUCGUCUGCACGGUCCUUGGUGGAACCGGAAGUACAGAUCCCAAAUCAUGUGGCCGUGUGGGCGUGGUCUGUAUGCUGUACAUCAUACUAACUAACGCCUUGUGUGGCAUACUCGGGCUGCUCUUCUGUUAUCUAGUUCAACCAGGUUCUGUAGCAGCUACUACUGUUAAAAACGUGGCGUUGGACACAAAAAAUCUGCAGACGAUGGAUAUUUUUGCUGAUUUUAUUAGAAAUUUUUUCCCAGACAAUAUUAUAGGGGCGGCGACACAAGUGUCACAGACAAAAUAUGGGUGGAAGGAAAUGACGUCAUUGGUGGAGGUCAAUGGGACGUUAACGAAUGUCACAUCAAAGUUUGCCACUAAGUCGCUCUCCAAUGUAGGAGGAACGAAUAUAUUAGGUCUGAUCGUGGUCAGUGCUGCCUUUGGUGUGGCUGCCUCCAUGGCUGGAGAUAAAGCCAAACCUUUCAUCGCCUUCUUCCAGUCUGGAGCUGCGGUCAUAUUUAAACUCUUUGACUGGAUCAAAUGGACGACACCUGUUGGGGCGGCAUGUCUGAUCGUCCACGCCAUUGCCAGCAUUGAUGACGUAGGAUCGGCCUUCUCCACCAUGGGCCUCUUCGUCUUGGUGGUCAGUGGCGGCAACAUCCUGCUGCAGGUUCUCCUCUACACCCUCAUCUACCUGGUCUUCACGCGGAGAAACCCGUUCACGUUUUUACUCAGUGUCGCCCGCCCGUGGGUCAUGGUCAUGGGGCCGGGAAAUUCUGCCAUAGCAUUGCCGGAACUUAUUGAAAUCGGGUAUGAGAAGUAUGGAAUAGAUGUACGACUAUCGUCUUUCGUCCUCCCGUUCUGUGUAACACUCAACAGAGAUGGGAGCUGUUUCUUCAUUACAGCCACUUUGCUCUUCAUGGCUCAGUACGCCAGCUUAGACCUGACCGCAGGCCUAGUGUUUACAAUCAGUAUUCUGUCCAUUUUGUCAUCUCUGGCUGUCCCUAACGUGACCAGCGCCAGCGUGGUUUCGAUCCUCAUCAUAGCCGAGUCACUGGGCAUCCCAACAACCAGUAUAGGACUAGUGCUGGCUGUCGAGUGGAUUAACGAUAAGAUCAGGACCACCACCAAUGUGGUCAGCCAUUUCCUGGGUGUGGUGGUCACGUGGUCGGUGUGCAAGAAAAACUUCAGAAAAUUGGACAUAAAGGACGUUGAAAAUGAACUGACUAGCACCGAAGCUCUUUAACCUUAAAUGUAAAAUUACAUUUGAAUGCACAAAGCUACGUUAAGUGCAAUUGUAAUUUCUCUAUCAGCACCAGUAGGCAGACACCGUGUUUGAUCUUUUAUCAAUUGACAAUGGUAUUUUUUGUGAUGUCAACCUCACAUACUGUCCUGUGUUUGAAUCAGAUUUAACAAGUGUUGGCAAUAGAAGUUUUUAAUACCAUAACUUCAGUCAAUAAAUUAAAUCAAUUGAUUAUUGUAAUAUGUUGUACAUAAUCUACAUUUCUAGGGUCUAUUCAUAUAUUUACUUAUACAAAAUACUCGUGACCAAAAGAAUAAACCAUUCAUAUUAA